UUCAAUCAAUAUGGCUUCUAUCCGUUUUGGCCGUGUUCAUUACAUAUUUUUGUGAAAACUAUCUCAAAACACUAUCGCGUGUUUUGUUACUACGCGUUAUUAUAACAGAUGCUGUCUUAAAUUGAAGUGCAGUAAAUAUCUUUGCCUCACCUAUUCGCAGGACUGAGUUUCCUGAAGGUGACGGCUGGGACUAUUGAUCGGCUAAACGUGAAUGUAUUGAUUUAUAAUUCUUCAAAAUGAUGAUGUACACGGGAACUAGUACUGAGCAAGAUACACGCUUCAGCGACAAGGAGAAGAAACUAAUGAAGCAAAUGAAGUUUGGAGACUGUUUAACUCAACAGGUGGACAUGUCUAAGGUGAAGCUGGAUGUUCUGAAGCCAUGGAUUACACAGAAGAUUACUGAAAUACUGAAGAUGGAAGAUGAUGUUGUCAUUGACUACGUUAACAAUCAACUUGAGGAAAAGUUCCCUUGCCCUAAGAAAAUGCAGAUCAACCUGACUGGAUUCCUGAAUGGGAAAAAUGCUCGUCUCUUCAUGGGUGAAUUGUGGGAGCUGUUGCUGAGUGCUCAAGCGAGCGAGACUGGGAUACCAGAAUCCUUCACACAGCAGAAGAAAGAAGAAAUCAAGAAGAGAAUGGAAGAACAAAAGGACAAAGAUAAAGAUCGUCGUAGGUCGCGAUCACGCUCGCGGUCUCGUCGCCGGUCACGGGAACGUCGUCGCUCAUCGCGCUCCAGAUCUCGUGAUCGAUCUUCUGACAGGAAACACCGCAACGGAGGAAGUCCUCGGCGUUCCAGACGACGCAGCCGGGAAAAGAGCAGCCCGGUAAAGCCGUCCCUUGUUGAGGAAAUUAAGCUACCUGAACCCAAAGAAAAUGGCAAAUCACCAGAGAAGAAAGAAGAUGAAGAAAUUAAGGAAGAACUAAACCACACAGCUAAUUCUCAGGAUGUAAAAGAAGAAAAUAAUGAUACCACUGUGAAAGAAGAUAAUGCAGAGGGAGAUGGUCAUAAAUCCAGAUCUGCAUCGCCAGCAAAGUCCACCGCUGAGAAGGAAGUUGAGGAGAACAAACCUGCAGAGAAAACCCGUCAUUCGUCAAGUGAAAGACGUUCCUCAUCGGCUUCGUCGCGCGGAAGUGCAAAGAAGAGAUCAUCACACAAAAAACGUCAAUAUCGCUCCAACCGUGACUCCUCUACCAGUGUUAGCCCGAGACGCAGUUCUCGCAGAGAAAGGAGCAAGUCACGAAGACGCAGCAGUCGUCGUAGAUCGGUAGACCGCCGUGAUCGAGAGAGGGAGCGGGAACGAGAACGCGAGCGCGAGCGGGAGCGAGAGCGCCGGCGUCGAGAGAGGGAAAGAAGAGAGCGGUCACGAGAACGUCGCCGAUCGCUUGAAAGACGUAGACGAUCGCGUUCACGCUCUCGACGACGUUCAAAGGACAGGUCUCGCGAUCGUCGUCGGUCAAGAUCUCGCAGGCGCUCUCGUUCGAGACGUCGCUCUGGAAGGCGAUCUCGCGACCGUCGUUCUAGAGAUCGACGUUCUCGAGACAGACGUUCCAGGGAUAGAUCCAGGGACAAAAAAUCUAAAGAGCGUAGUACCAAGGAUAGAAGAUCAAGAGAUAGAAGGUCACGCGACAAAAGAUCCAGCGAUCUCAUUAAAGAACGCUUGGAGAAGUCUGUCUCAAUUCCGAGAAAAGAUAACGUGGACAAAAUCCGCAAGAAAUCAUCAGAACGUGUAUCUGUAUCUCGAGAAGAAAUAUCUAAGGAACGUGUAAUUUCAAGUUCAAGCAGAGAGUCAUCAGUAGCUCACGACAAAUCGACGGCUCAAAAUGAAACGCAAGCUAAAGCUCAGUCAUCGGAUGAUGAUGAAAAGGACGACUUUAUAUCUAUACCGACGUUACGGGAGUAUUCAAAGAGCCUUUCCCGUACUCCAUCGCCAUUCUUAAGAAAGCAUGAGAUAGAGAAUAAUAAGAAAUCUGACAAAUCUGGAGAUGAUGCUUCUGGAAAAGAGCAAAUUGAAACGGAAAAUAAGAGUAAAGAAAUUAAGAAAGGGAAACGUAAAACGCAUCAAUCCGAUUCCGAAAGUGAAAGUAGUGAGGAAGUCUCGAAGUCAAAGAGUAAAUCAAAACUUAAACGUAAAGAGAAAGUUUCCUCAAAGAGACCUAAAAAACCUAAGAAAGAGAGCUCAUCUAGUGACAGUGAAUCGGAUGACUCCUCUUCUAGUGAUUCAGAAGAAGAUAGAAAGAAGAAAAGCAAAAAGAAUGCCAAGAAAAAGUUGGCAAAAAAAUCUAAGAAGAAGAGAGCACGAUCAUCUAGCUCAGAAUCAAGUUCAGAGGAGGAAAUUAAACAUAAGAGUUCUAAAUCUAAACAAAAGAACAUUCCAGAAGAAUCGGAUAGUGAGAAAAAGUCGAAGAAACGUGGUAAAGAUAUUAGUAUCGAGCGUUCAAGAUCGGAAAAACUUGAUGCAAAACAAGCCAAGUCAAAGAAAAUUGAUAAUUCGGAGGAUUCUCAAGAUGAUAGUUCUGACAGUGAUGAGAAGUCCGGUAAGAAGAAGUUAACAAAACGAGAAACUUCUAGUUCUGAAAAAGAUACAAAGCGUAAAAAGGUGGAGUCAUCUAAAGAAAAGGUAAAUUCUCCCGAUUUGGUAAAGUCAAGAAAAGUAGAUGAAAAAGUAGUAAAAGGCAAACACCAGGAAGAGACGAAAACAAAGUCUCGUGAUGAAACAGAAAAAAAAGCAAAAAAGCGUGAAAAAGAUGAAUCAUCAUCUGAUAGUGACCAAGUGGCUAAGAAAAAAGCAAAAAAGAAGGUUUCUGAAACCGAGUCGGAUUCAGACAGUGAUGAACCUAAAAAGUCAAAGAAAAAUAAGAAACACAAGAAGCAUUCAAAGAAACAUAAGAAACACAAAAAACAUAAGAAAUCUUCGAAAAAGAAAGAUGAUUCUUCCGAUAGUGAAGAAGCUGAGGAAGAGGAAGAGGGCAGAGUAAAUAACGAAGACUUGGAGAAGAAGCUUCGUGAAAGAGCACUAAAGUCAAUGAAAAAGCAAACCAGUGCAUCUGGUUCAGAUUAGCCCUGGCACUAAUUUAUCCCAACUGAUUGUGAAAAUUUACAAUUAGUCAGUUAGGGGUAAAUAUUUUCAUUUUAUAGAAGGAAUAUUUCUAAAAUUAUUUCAGAAAUGUAAUAGAAUGUACUUUGACUUAAGUUUGUGUAAUGUCACAUUGUUAGUAAUAAAGUUUUAAAAAUA